CACUGGGUCUGUGUAUCCCACAACACACAGCAGUCGGUUUGCUCCAGUGUUCAAUCUGAAGAGACGUUACGGUUGAAGGAAAAAGUGGAGACCCACAACGCACAGCGGCAAAUAAGGACCUGGCCCGCUCUCCUCCAGUUCCUCCCUUCAAGUAUCGCUCGCACUCUCCAGUCGACCGUGGAGCGGUGGAGUGAGAUGCACCCACAGCGCCCGCUGCCCCAGGCCAUGCCCUCCUCAAUGGGCCAAAACCUGAGAGAUGCAGCUCUGAGGAUGGGCCACGGCAGGAAAUUGCUGGGAGGGAAUGUGGCUUAUGGAGUUAUCCAGUCUCUUAAAGAGUGCCUCUACUUCCUGCUCUGCUGCUGGUGCAUCAAAGAGAUGCUGGACUAAGAGAAAGAGCGUUUGAGCAGGUGGAUGAUUGAUCACAGAUGUGUUGAUGCUUUGGCCUGAAUCCAGAUCUCUUCACACACAGGCAGAAACUCGUGCCUCACAAGUCUCUGGCACUCUAGAGCACGCAGGCGAUCACAUCCCUGUCGACAUGCUGGUGGUAUUCAAACAUGUUUUAACUGACACCGUUUGAGAAACUUGUGCAAUAAAUGAAAAAUA